UGUAUUCCAUAAUAUUAAUUUGUAUUUACUUUUCACUAAAAAGCAUUCAAGUAACAGUUCAUAUUUGCAAAAUUCAUUGCAGUGUUAAAUUACAAGACAAACUUUUUACAAGCUGCACACACAUUAGGAAGGCCCACAAAUGGCAACGUUCCUCAACAUGAACUCAGUUAAGCUAAACAAAUGGCAAGUGGCGCUUCUAUUGGGCACUCCCCUGGCCAUUGGCCUGGGCAUGUAUGUACUCAACAGAAGUUCACGCGACGAGACCAAGCGCGGCAAGUCGCAAAACAAGCCCAAGGAUGCCGGCAAGACGCGCCCGAAGGGCAAAAUAGAGGAAACGCUGUCCAUAGAUGGCACCGCUCCCGAUUCGGAACUGGAGCGCAAAAAGAAGUCGGCCGAGUUGGGUGAGCAGCUGUCACCGCUGAAGGAGGCAAACAAUUACAAAACGGAAGGCAACAAUUGCUAUCGCAAUGGCAAGUACGAUGAGGCCAUCAGCUUCUACGACAAGGCCAUCGACAAGUGUCCCACCGAGCAUCGCACGGACAUGGCAAUCUUCUAUCAGAACCGCGCUGCCUCCUACGAGAUGCUAAAGAAGUGGAAUAAGGUCAAGGAGGAUUGUUCCCUCUCGCUGGAGUACAAUCCGCGCUAUGCCAAGGCCUACUAUAGGCGAGCACGAGCCCACGAGGCCACCAAGGAUAUGAUUGAGUGUCUGGACGAUGUGACCGCCACCUGCAUUCUGGAGAUGUUCCAGAACAACAAUACCAUCAUGUUUGCUGACCGAGUGCUCAAGGAGACCGGCCGCCUGGAUGCCGAGAAGGGUCUGCGCGACCGAGUGCCCGUCGUGCCCUCGGCAAGCUUCAUCAACACCUACAUGCGUUCCUUUAUAGCCGAUCCGCUGCAGACAAUGAAUGUGCCGCCUUCGGCUGUGGCAGAUACACCGGCACGCGGCUUUUUGCGCGCCCGACAAGCAUUCGAGGAGCAGAAAUAUGAUGAAAUUAUUGCGGCAUGCACCGAGGAAAUUGAAUCUUCGGAGGCCGAAUCACAAUACAAGGUGGAGGCGUUGCUAAUGCGCGGCACAUUCCACUUACUCUGCGGCUCCUUUGCCGACAGCAAAGUCGACUUUGACGCCAUUCUAGCCAAUGAUGAUGCGGACACGACGCUGCGCGCCUACGCGUUCAUCAAACGGGCCGCGCUCUUCAUUCAGACGGAGGAGCGCGAAAAGGGACUGGCCGACUUUGCGGAGGCAGAGAAACUGAAGCCCGACAAUCCAGAUGUGUAUCAUCAGCGUGCACAGAUCUUGCUUCUGCUGGAGCAGAUCGAGGCGGCGCUGUUGGAGUUCGACAAGGCGGUCCGCCUGGCCCCACAACAUGCCAUUGCCAAUGUGCAAAAGUGCUAUGCCGAGUAUCGUCUCUCGCUGAUGUCCGGCGAUCAGAAGCGCCUGGAGCGCGUUAUACAAGACUUUGAGAAGGCAAUUGAAAAGUUUCCCGACUGCGUCGAGUGCUACAGCUUGAUGGCCCAGGUACUGGCCGAUCAACAGCAGUUCCCCCAGGCGCAGCAGUUCUACGAGAUGGCCAUGAAGAGGGCGCCCACAAAUCCGGCACUGCUCGUCCAUCAGGCCAUCAUGAUGCUGCAGUGGCGCGGCGACAUUGAGGCUGCCGUCACGUUGCUAAAUCGCGCCAUCGAUGUGGAUCCGAAGUGCGAGCUGGCCUACGAGACGCUCGGCACCGUUGAGGUGCAGCGCGCCCAGCUGCAGCGUGCCGUUGAUCUGUUUGAGAAGGCGCUGCUCUAUGCCAAGAGCCAGGCGGAGCUGGUGCAUGUCUACUCGUUGCGUAAUGCGGCGCUAGCUCAAAUCAAUGUCACCCGCAAGCUGGGCAUCGACAUGAAUUCCGUGUCAGCCAUGGCCCAGUCCGGCUUUCUCUCACAAGCGUCCAUGUAGAGGAGGGGAGCAGGAUGGGCAGACGCAGCUUGAGCCACAGCAUUUAUGCGUUCGUUGUGCUACCUAUGUUAAUACCGAUAACUGCUCCCCCAACCCCACCCCUAACCUCACCCCCAAAACUAAUCAAACAAAUCAAUCGAUAAGCCCGAUGUUAUAUAUACAUAUAAAAAUGUGGAAAAUCCCGUUUUAGUUAUUGUGCACC